AAUGUAACGGUCGAUGUCUGUAUUUUUGAAUAUUUUCUGACAGAAUAACGAUAGACCAAAAUCUAUUUUAGAGUUUUCAGAUGUCACUCUUCGCAUCGCUCGACAUGACCGCCUACCAGGUUCGGGUGAUGUUCCUGGACCGCCUGCGCGACGAGCACGAGAGCGUCGAACUGAAAGUGGCCAUUCUCGAGUUCGUGGCGACCUGCGUCGGCAAGCAGCCGGGCCUCACCGAGGCCUUCUUCAUGAUGAACCACGAGAGGGCGAAGGAGGCGGAGAGGGAGGGGAGCGCCGCCCCCGCCCCCGACGAGGGCUCCGAGGGCAUCCUCGGCUACAUGGCCGACUACCUCGCCACCGUCAAGUCGGUACGUUCUCUCCCUAGAUCGCUCCGACCGAUCGUCCCGCGACCGACCGUUCGCUACAGGGGAUCCCCGUCUUUCAGGACGCCGAGCUCCUCCCCAGUCCGCUUCUCGGGUGCACCAUGGCUCUCUUUCACGCGCUGUGGAAGAACAACAUGCAGAUCCUCGUGAAAAAACUGAGAGAGAAUCCGAAGUUCUGGGAGUACAUAACGAGCCCGCUGUUCGCCCCGAUCCGCCCGGGCCUGCGGAUCUACUCGCAGAUAUUCAACGUGCUCGGGAUCGAGCUGUUCGCGGCCCGGGGCCGGCCGGAGCCGGCUCUCGGGGCCGUCCUCGAGCGGUUCUUCGACCCCCACCGGCGGCACCUCGACGACUGGGUCGAGUUCGCGUUCUCGUUCCGCGGCCGCGGCGCCGCCGAAGAGGCCGUCGACGAGGCGCCCGCGUGGCUCGGCCUGCUCGCCUCCUGGAAGGACUUCGCGACGAUCGUCCGCCGGAGCCCCCCCGUCGAGCUGAACAUCGCGCACAAGUCGAAGAUCGCCGCGCCGUGCCUGACCGCGCUGGGGGCCGAGCUCGAGGGGCCCGCCGACGCCCGGCCGGUGGCGCUGCUCGCCGAGCUGUACGUGGCGCUGCUGGCCGCCUGGCGGGACGACUGCUUCGAGGACCGGCGGCGGACCGCGCGCCAGCUCGGCCGCCUGCUGACCGCCGCGCACGCCGCCUACGAGGGCUUGCCCCCGCGCGCCGCCCGCGCCCUCCUCGCGCUCGCCGCCGCGGCCGUCGGCGCGCUCGACUACGAGAUCCGCGCCGACGCCGCGCUCGCCCGCCGCGUCGUCGCCGCCGUCGCCGACAUCAACGGGCUCGAGCUCGCGCGGGCGCUCGACGAGGGGGCGCCGGGGCCGCCGGAGCCGCCGGGCGCGGAGCCGUCGACGGCCGUGCUCGCGCUCGCGCUGCUCGAGCGGGCGCUCGACCUGCCCGAGGAGGGGGGCGCGCUCGGGCCGGAGACGGGCCGGCUGGUGGACGACCUGCUGCGCUGGCUGCGGCGGGCGCUGGGGCGGCGCGAGCGCGCGGGCCCCGCGCUGGCGGCGCUGCGGUGCCUGGCCGCGGGCGCGCGGGGCCCGCUGGCGGACGAGCUGCUGCACGCGGACGUGGAGGGGGCGCUGUGGCUGCGGCUGGCGCGGCCGGCGGGCGCGGGCUGGGCGGCGGGCGAGUGGGCGCGCGUGCUGGGGGCGGGGCUGGAGGUGGCGGGCGCGCUGGUGGCGGCGGGCGGGGCGCGGUUCGCGGGGGCGGCGGUGGCGCUGGUGGCCAUGCAGGCGGACCAGCUGGCGGACGCGCUGGCGGCGCCCGACGCGGCCGCGGAGGCGCUGGCGCUGCGGGCCUCCGCGCUCGCGCUCGUGCUCCGGCUGCUGCGGUUCGAGGCGCUCUGGCGGAUGCAGAACGUCAACUCGCUGAUCGUCAUCAUGCGCAGCGUGAGCGUGUGCCUGUGCCACAGCGUGGGCCUGUGCAUGCGCGCGCGCCGCGACCCGUCCCCCGCGGCCGCCCCCUCGGGCGCGUCGCCCCCGCCGCCGCUGCAGUGCGGCGUGCGGCUGCUGCGGCUGGCGGCGGCGACGCUGGCGCGGCUGAGCCCGCCGCUGCUGGCGCUGCUGGCGCCGGAGCGGGCGGAGGGCGCGCGCUUCCCGCCGCUGCUGGAGCUGCACUUCGGCGCGCCCAAGCUGGCGCCGGAGCCGCAGCCGCGCCUCUGCUGCGGGACGCUGCUCGCCGCCAUCUGCCUGCUCACCAGGAUCCUCGCCCACGUGAGCUCGCUUUUCUUUUUUAUUCAACCCAAACUUGUGUAUCGUGAAACAUUUUCACAUAAAGCGCGCCAGCGCUCGUUUGAGCUCCCGCUCUAAACGAAUGAAAUAAAAAAAUAGAUUUUUAUCCCUUCCGAUCUAUAGUUUGUCGCUUGACCUUACAUGGCAAUAUUUUUCCUGCGGCUUGAACGAAUUUAAUAUUUGCGUUGUAUUAUUUUAGUGAUUAUAUUCUAUUGCGUUAUAUUCUUUUGCAUCAAAUUAAUAAAAUAAAAAAAUACGAAAAAGGGGUGCCUCAUGAUUUUACUGAUCUGCAGAAAGAAACGCCUGUUAAAAGUUGUGUUGCCUUGUUAAAUUGGAAAAGGAAUAUCGGAUCGAAUUGUGACAUGUGAUGAACAGUGGAUUCUUUAUGAUAACCGUAAAAGAAAAAUGCAAUGGUUGACUUACCAAUAAAAAGGUAAUGGCAAGCGUUCGGUGGUCUCAGCGUGGUGUU